UGUGCCCGCUGCUUCCGGUCCCGUAACCUCGCCUCCUCCGAAGCUGGGAACUCGGAGAGGAAAAUGGCCGCUGUGGAUACAGACCUGCGCGAGCCAGAAAUGGAAGAUGGUGAUAUAUCUGAAAGAAGCAUUGAUGAAAAUGGUGAAGUAUCAGAAGCAGAGAAGCCUCAGAUUAUUAAGCACAAUAAACACAAGAAAAAGAAACACAAGCAUCGGAGCAAGCAUAAAAAACACAAACACGCUCCUGAAGAGGAAAAAGAGAAAAAACACAAACAUAAACAUAAGCAUAAGAAGCAUAAACGGAAAAAUGAUGAUGGCAAAGAUGACAUUUCACCCUUAAAAAGAGCAAAGCUUGAUGACUUUGCAUUGCUGGAGGACCUUGAAAAGCAAAGAGCUUUGAUUAAAGCAGAGCUUGAUAACGAGUUAAUGGAAGGUAAAGUGCAUUCUGGCAUGGGCUUGAUAUUGCAGGGGUACAAUUCAGGGUCUGAAGAAGGAGAGAUUAAUGAAAGAAUUCGCAAUGGCAAGAGAGUCUCCACCAAGUCAAACCUAAAAGCAAAACAGGAUCUUUACUCAAAAAAUUCUUCUAAAAAAAGGUCUAGGAGCAAGUCCAAAGAGAAGACCAAGCACAAGACAGAAAAGAAAAAACCUAAAGCUAACUCUGAAGCUGUUAAAGAAAAACCACCUAGGAGUAGGUCCAAGGAACGUCGAAAAUCUAAAAGUCCCUCUAAAAGGAAUCGUUCCCAGGAGCAGCCAAAAAAGUCACCAGCAUUGCGAAGGCAAUCCCCUGAAAAAAAUAUUAGGUCUAAGUCCCCCCUUGAGGAUAGAGUCAAAACCAGAGACAGGAAAAAAUCGCCUGUAGCUAUUGAAAACAGAGUAAAAGAUCGUAGUAGGAAGUCUAAAUCUCCUUUGCCAAGGCGAAGCAAAUCCAAAGAGAGGAGGUCAAAGUCUAAAGAGCACAAACCUAGAAGGUCCGACUCCGAGAAGGAAAAGAAGCCCCUUCCCAAGUCACCUUCAAAAGAUGCAUCUUCUGGCAAGGAAAACCGCUCACCAGGAACCCGACCAGUCUGCAACCCAAGUGAAAGGAGUCUAACUCCUAAUCAGCGUGAAAGCAAUUUUAGUCAUGGUAAAUCUCCACCUCCUCCUGAUAGGAAAAUGAAACCAUCUCCCCCUCGAACACAGUCCUCUCCAAGGAGAGCAAAGAGCAAAUCUAUAGAAAGGAAAAGAUGGGAACCUGAGAGGAGGCAAUUGUCUUUACCUAGACCACGAGCCAGAGAUGAGGGGCUUGCAAGACAUGAUAGAACAAAAGAAACUAGCCCUCCUCGGUGGUCUCCUAGGAGGCGUUUAAGUAGGUCACCUCUAAGAAGAAGAUCACGGUCACCUAUUAGGCGUAGUAGAUCUCCCCGUCGAAGGAGCAGAUCUCCGCUUCACAGAAGAGAGAGAGGCAGAAGAAGUAGAUCACGUCUCAGAAGGAGGUCGCGCUCCCGUGGUGGUCGAAAUCGCAGAAGGAGAAGCAGGAGUAGAGACAAAGAAGAUAAGUUUAAAGGAAGCCUUUCUGAGGGAAUGAAGAUAGAACAAGAGUCAUCUGAUGAAAAUCUAGAGGAUUUUGAUGUUGAAGAAGAAGAUGAAGAAGCCCUUAUUGAACAAAGGCGACAGCAAAGGCUGGCAAUUGUAGAGAAAUACAGAUACCUAAAUGAAGACAGCAAUUUAUCCGUGAACUCUGAGCCAAGCAGUCCUCAGAGUAGUGCUAGCAGUCGCUCUGCUUCACCAGAUGACAUUCUUGAGCGUGUUGCAGCUGAUGUCAAGGAAUAUGAGAGAGAAAAUGUUGAUAACUUUGAAGCUUCUGUCAAGGCAAAACACAACUUGACAUUGACAGAACAGAAUAAUGGAAGCCAACAAAAGAAAAUAACUGCUCCUGACAUGUUUACAGAAUCUGAUGACAUGUUUGCUGCAUACUUUGAUAGUGCUCGUUUUAGAGCUGCUGGAAUCGGAAAAGAUUUUAAGGAAAAUCCCAAUUUGAGAGAUAAUUGGACAGAUGCAGAAGGCUACUAUCGUGUAAACAUAGGUGAAAUAUUGGAGAAGCGAUAUAAUGUCUAUGGCUAUACGGGUCAAGGAGUUUUCAGUAAUGUUGUGCGUGCUCGAGAUAUGGCCAGAGCUAAUCAGGAAGUCGCCGUCAAAAUCAUCAGAAACAAUGACCUAAUGCAAAAAACUGGCUUGAAAGAAUUGGAGUUUUUGAAGAAAUUGAACGAUGCAGACCCAGAUGACAAGUUUCAUUGUUUGCGGUUGUUCCGACACUUUUACCAUAAACAGCACUUGUGUCUUGUAUUUGAACCACUUAGUAUGAACCUGCGUGAAGUUUUGAAGAAAUAUGGUAAAGACGUUGGCCUGCACAUCAAAGCAGUGAGGUCAUACAGUCAGCAACUAUUUUUAGCUCUAAAGCUUCUAAAAAGAUGCAAUAUUCUGCAUGCUGACAUCAAACCUGAUAACAUUCUGGUAAAUGAAUCCAAAACCAUCCUGAAGCUUUGUGACUUUGGAUCAGCAUCUCAUGUGGCAGAUAAUGACAUUACACCAUAUCUUGUCAGUAGAUUUUACAGAGCUCCUGAAAUCAUAAUUGGCAAGAUUUAUGAUUAUGGAAUAGACAUGUGGUCAGUUGGCUGCACAUUGUCUGAGCUCUACACUGGAAAAAUAUUAUUCCCUGGGAAAACCAAUAACCAUAUGAUAAAAUUAGCCAUGGACCUAAAGGGAAAAAUGCCAAACAAGAUGAUUCGGAAAGGUGUAUUUAAGGACCAGCACUUUGACGCAAAUCUUAACUUCAUGUAUAUUGAAGUUGACAAAGUCACAGAAAGAGAAAAAGUUACUGUCAUGAGCACUAUUAACCCAACAAAGGACUUGUUGGCUGAUUUAAUUGGAUUGCAGAGACUUCCAGAAGACCAACGUAAAAAAGUGCACCAAUUAAAAGACUUGUUGGACCAGAUCCUAAUGCUAGAUCCAGCGAAACGAAUAAGCAUCAAUCAAGCACUUCAGCACCCUUUCAUCCAGGAAAAGAUCUAAAUGAUUUGACUAGCUCACACAUCGGGAUUGAAGACCACCUACAGCAGCCUGUUAAUGUAUAUAAACAUAUAAAUAUUUCCCUUGCAAAGUUGAGGAAGCAUGAAUCGUUCAAGAGUAUAUUUUACUUUUUAUCAAUCAAUUGUGAUAUAUGUACUUUUUUCACAGUAGGAAUGCUUGUAAAUUGGCUGAAUUGUACUCAAGAGUACAAAUGCAAUUUCCUUUGAACAUUAUAUUUGGGGAAAGAAAGUUGCAAUUUAAUUGUUGGAUGUUAAUAUUUUAUUUUUAGCGGUCCUGGCUCAUUUUUCCUUUUUUUUGUUCAUUUUUUUUUAAACUUUUGUUUUGAGAAAACAUGACGAGCAUAAAUGCUGUUUAUAUUCACGUUUUCCUAGGUUGUGUGCGCAGGCCUCAGCAGCAUGCUCUUGGUCUAUUCAGUGCCGAAGGGAGGCCUGUUCCUUCUAGAGCCUGCCUGCAGGGAUGGUCUCCUCUUUUAAAGCAGGUUGUGUACAACUUACAGUACACUGAAGGUAAGCUAAACCCAUCAACAUUGUUGGUAUUUUAAAAUGUUGUUGUGUAAAUGUAUAUUGAGACCUUGGUAACUAACUGUGGCAGCUUUCUGCCUCUGCAUGUUUCACAAGUGACCUACAGUUUUGUUAUUUUGUAAUGUUUUAAUUUGGACAGUACUUGUGGCAGUUUCAAUCCACACUUUCUCUCCAUUCCUUUUUACUGGAAUGUGCGCAAUUGAUGGAAAGGGGGUGCCUUCAGUGUACUGGAUCAUAAAUAUGUUCUUUUUUUGUCUUUAUUUUAGUCCAGUAGAUUCAUUAAAAAAAAAAAAUUCUAUAUAAAAUGUGAAACAAUCUGCAAAGAUUUAUGGGUCAGUCUAUCCACAACUGAUGAUUUAGUUAUAUAAUGAGACAGCGGUGGGCUAAAUUAGCCAAAGACUUCAUAAAGCUCCCGAGCCCGUUUUCUCCAGGGAUCUUGGCCUUGCCCUAUUCUGAACACAUCUGGGGGAAGAGAGGCAAUUUACAAGCAGUGCAGAGACUUCAGUUAUAAAAAUAUCAAUGCUGGAGAA